AUGUCUAAAAAGAGUGAAAUAAGACAGCUGAUAGCAUACACGGUGGACCCCACAGAAUGCCCCUUCAGGGAGUUCCGAGAUAGUGAAUUAACCAUUGAUUCUUGGGGAAUGGGUCCAGCAGCACUUCGAGCGAGUCAUGUGAUGAGUAAGAUCCCAGUAAGUAAAUCUCAUGCUGAUCUGUCCUGGGGGGAUGACCAGACACAGCCGUUGCCUCGCUCUGUGCGACAGUUCCUGCAUGGAUGGAUCAGAGCUGAGGAUUUGGCAUUUAGCAGAUGGGAGGCGGAAGUAGCUGUGUUUGAGGAUGCCAGUGACAUCGCGAAAAUGAAUAUCAUCGAUAUGCAAUUGAGUCACGCCCAAGUUAUACUGAGAUCCUCUUUCUGCAGAUCUGUGCUCUCUAUGUGUUUCAUUCUCGAACGCGUUGAUAAUAUUACUGUGGAACAUCAAUGGGAAAACUUCGCAUUUAGCCUUCCACCGGAAGGCUGGAGGGCUCGAUAUCACAUCUAUUCGCCAGGCCUUAAACCAGGAGGUGGAGCACAACAUAGGCCAGGGUUGUCGAAAAAUGGCUGUUAUCUCGUUCGCCUGUACUAUUUGGGAGCCUGGCGUUGCGUGUGGGUCAGUGACCUGGUGCCCAUAGACGCAACAGAGUCUCCCCUACUUCCGUUCUCUCCUAUUUUUUGUCACUCGCCCGCGAGACCAGGGGCCAAGAUGACAGCGCCUGCAAUUACAGCACCAAUGGUUCAAUUAUGGCCGCUGCUUAUUUGUAAGGCGCUGCUUAAGUUGGCUGCUCCCGACAUGAAUUCGGACGAGGGUGCAGACUUUGAAGAUGAAUCGAUGCCAGAGUUUGAUAUAUUACACGCUCUAACUGGCGCAAUGAACCUGACUUAUAGGAUCACGGGUGAUUUAGUAGAUCCAAACAAUCUGUGGGAGUUGGUAACGUCAGAGGUACCUGUUUUCUCUUGGGAUGACGACAGUGACACGAUGAUGAGCACUAUCAAGUCAAAGAGUACCAAAAAACCUACAACGAAAGAACCUUUUUCUGUAAGGCGUAAUACAAUUACAACAAUUUUAUUGGAGGACACAAAGACCCAACCUCCCUACGCUCUACCUGGAAUCACGCCUGGUCACCAAAUGACUUUGCUUCUAAAUAUGGCAAGGGAUCUUCCUCUGAAGAAACCUUUACCAGAGCCAGAGGUACCACAAUGGAAAACCUAUAGAUGGGUGGACUGGGCUCGUCACCAUGGCUUGUAUGAAGCCUUCGCCUGUCCUCGCACCAAGUUCUUAAGGGUUAAUGGCUUGCUAAAGCAGUCUCACGCCCCGCAUUUACUCGACGUGCAGAGUACGGAAUCUAUAACGUUUCAGUUUAGAGAGGACCACGAUAGAACUAACCCUCCGGCUAGAAAGGGAGGUAAAGAACUAAAUCGUUCAGGUAAUAUACAUAGCUCUAAUCAACAAAUGAAAGAAGAGCUUCGGGAGUGGAUAGAGUUUGAUGGAAUACGUGAAUACGUUAAAAACGUAAAUAUUUUAUUUUUCCCAUCCAUGUAUCAAUAUACCACAGCGGCCAGCAGUCCCCCAGUGCGAAUAACAAAGGCUCCACCAAACAAAAACCUAGAUAUCCCCGCUCCAAAGUCAGCUCCUCUCUACCUUCAAAUAGAUGGACCUGACGAAAACAUCCUUAAAAUAUCCUUGGCAAUGCUUCAUCCAAGAGUUCUUUUCAACUGUGGUAUACCUGUGAUGGAUCACAUAGAACCGGCAUACUUGUUUUUGGAAAUUUUUGAAUGGUUUGUUGAUUGCGAACUGCCAAAAGCUAAAUCUUAUAUUGCGACAAGAGGAUACGAUUGUAUUGAAAUCACUCUAGACCCGGGACGACAUUUUUGCAGAGUUUGGGUGCAUUCUCGGAUGAAUUGGACGGCCAUGUUUCUCAGUGACUCUACACUAGUACUGGGCACUAGAGAUGUUAUUCAAUCGGCAGCUGUCCGUGAGUGUCCAUGGGCGUCAAGAUUCCUUAAUAAUCUUAGUCUAGCCUUUUCAAAUUGGCUACGAGCUUCGCGGUCCAGCGCGACUUUAGGGUAUAAUGAUAAGGAGUUUUACAAUUCAUAUCAGCCAGAUUUAGUGUGGGAUCCAAAAAUAGUUGGUUAUGAAAAAAGACUUUUGCAUUGGAUGUUUCGUCAGGCAUUGCAAGCGCUUUUGAUUCGAAAACUGCUACCGAACGAAUACAAAGCCGUGUGCUCGACGCUAAGAACGUUUUUCCAUGACCCUGAUUUUGGUUUACCACCAAAACCAAAGCCACCAACAUCGUUGCGGGAUAUUGCUAUGAUGGACCCAUGUGAUUGUGUACUUCCAGAGGCUGAGGAAUUAGAAAUUACGGAGCAAUUGGAGGAAGAGCAGCAAGUGGAGAUUGCUACUGAAGAGAGGCCCAUAGUAGAUAAAGAAACAAUGGACCGGCUUUUAAGCCCACCAAAAUUUCCAAUAACUUCGAAUGUAUGUGAACUUGCAACUGAAGAAAUACCUUGUGGAGUUUUAAAAGAAGAACGGGAAAAAGUAAUAAGAAAGCACGAGGCAGCUAGGGUCAUCCAAGCUCAUUGGCGUGGUGCUUGGGCUAGAAAAUGUCUAAAAGCACCACUUGCUGUACCGCCUGAAAUUACAAAACUUUUGAUGGAUUAUGUUUUUGGAACGUUAGAGACUUUGUCAGCGCUGAUGAAUAUGUUCUUUGGCAUGUAUCCUGGUGCACGCUAUGCUUAUUCGGUUGCAUCUGCCCUCAGCGGUGUGUAUGGCUUGCAGCAGCAUAGUGGCAAUUCUCCUGUAACUCCGAAGUGCAAAUGGAUUCCAUAUUUUCAAGGAGUAUUCUAUUGUCAUAGUCCUGUUAAGGUUCACUUUGAUGUUCAGAGCACGUUGCAAUAUAGGACUUUUGCGGUGUAUAAUAACGACACAGGAAUUCAAAUGUCUCAGGCUUAUAAUUCACAUAUUACAUUUGACUUUCGUCCAAAUGAGCAUGGUUACACAGUCAUGGGCCAUGGAACUAUUACUGAAGCACCUGGAACAUCUUCUGAUGUUCAUUGGCAGUUAACAGUACUAACCAGUUUAUCAGAUGUCUUCCAUAUUUGUGAUAAUGAUGAGACAAGCUGUAAGGAUCUUCCUCUUCCACCUGCAAGCAAACUGCAUGUUGAUGAGAUAUUCAUACCGAAUCGUAGGAAUAUAUUGGGAGGGAUUCAAAUAUCAGUGUCAAAACAUGAAGCCAUUAGUUUCAGAGCGGCUGCUACUUCGCCCGAAUUGGAGAUGCAGGCAAUACUAAAAAUGAAGGGACCUGAUGGUGAAAUAGAAGAAAUUGACAGGUGCUCAGGGACGGGAGAGCUAUACUGGCCGUACAUCCGACUACAACCGACACCUCCAAGUUUGUUGACGUCUCCAGCGCAUAAGCGCUCAAUGUCCAACUCAAAUGCGAUUGAUUCCAAGUCCAUAUUUUCAGGUGAUCGUCCACGCUCAUCAAGAAUACCUAAACAGAAACCCUCAUCAGCUGGACCUAAAAAUAGGUCAUCGACUAAGCUUAAAGACUCCAAGUCCACUGUAGAACCAAGGCAGUACACAAUUGAAGUCAUAGCCCCCAAGGGCUGGCCUUUGACCUUACAACAAUGGAUACGAGUGGACGAGGUCCGGAACUCCCAGGAGCUCACUAAAAUCGACACCACACCCAAAAAAACUGGAAAAGAAAAGCCAGGCUCUGGUAAAGAACGGGAAAAAUCGCCAAUACCACAGCGGCAGCCGCAGCCAGGUGACGCGUACGUCGAAUUGGAAUGUUCUCUCUCCAUUGGAGGCGGCGCCAUUGCACGACGUGAUGAUGAGAGAGAUCUACUAUUUGUUGCAGCACGGAAAGCCUGGGAUGCAAAAGAUCAUGGACGAAAUACUAGAGGAGCUCAUAUCAGGAAGGAAUUCCGAGCAGAAUUCUUGGAAGCCUUGCCACCUCCUCCAUCGGAAAGUACUAUGUCCAUGAAAGAGGAACAGUACCUUGAAGAAGUAGAAGGCGAACAAAAAAGGGAGACGGAGGCAACGCAACAACAAGGUCCAACACCAGUGACGGACAGUGCCGCAGAGUUAGAAGUGGAGGAGGAAAUUGAAGAAGAGUCGCUGUAUUUAACAAUGCCUGAUCAGCUUAAAGAUAAAUUUAUACCGCUGUACUUUGUACCGUUUUGUACCAAAGUAGAGAUCGAGGAAGAGAAAACAUUACUAACACCUGAAAUAGCUGAUAUGACGCAGAAGAUUCGUCAGCAGAAAUUAGAAGCAGCGUUGGAUCGAAUGAAUGAGCUGCAGUACUAUAAUAAAGUUCAUGUUCUGGGUCGGCAGAAGAAGAGAGGACGGCUGUUAGAAAGAUUAUUCGUUGAUUCGCAAUGGAGCCCAGAUUUAGCAGAAGUAUUGGAAGAAAGAGAUGACGCGAUCGCCCAAGAAGCUCUUAACCGAACUCUUUCAGCGAAUAAGAAGAAACUAGAUGCAAAGAAGAAAUAA